AUGGGCACCCAGACCCUGCAGAGCCAGGUCCAGGAACCAGCUAAUGCCCACAGCCCGCCGUGGCAAACGGCACAACCGGCGCAACCCAAUGGCGGUGGCUCUGGGAGCCCUCCCAGCCCUGCCCCGGCACCCCGGAUCACCUCCAACCUCUACCUCGGUGACGCGGUAGCUACCAACAGCCACCUCCUCCUCUUCACCCACCACAUCGGCACCAUCAUCAACAUCUCCCUGGAGGCGGUGAACCUCUGUCCCAGCAUCGAGUACCUGCACGUCCCUGUGAUGGAUGACCCCGCCGCCCGCAUCUCCAGCUGCUUCAGCUCCAUAGCAGCUAAGAUCCACAGCGCGGACAUGCAGGGAUGGACGCUGCUGCACUGCGCUGUCAGGGUGAGCAUUCCCACCAUCUGCUUGGUCUAUCUCUUGAAGCACCACUCCAUGUCCCUGGCAGGCGCGCAUGCGUGGGUCGAGUCCUGCCGUCCCAUCGUAUGACCCAACAACAGCUUCUGGCAGCAGCUCAUCCACUACAAGUACAAAGUCUUCGGCAUCAACAGGCUCGGAAUGAUCAGCUCUCCAUCAGAGGUACCCAAUGUUUAUGAAAAUGAAGUAAGGGUAAUGCUGCUGCUCUAA